UGCCGCGUAACGGAUUGUAACUUGGGUCGUGUGCGGUGCUUGCCCCUUCAUUUUGCUACUGCAGUUGUUAUCCGGGCGUUGAGCGGCGAGCCUUUGAGCACCCUCGCUCCGUCUCUCCUAUCGACCAGGCCACACCACUCGCUCCGGGGCCUUCUUCUUUGCGACGAAUCUAGUUAUUACGCCGGAGAUCUUUUGUCCCGAUCAGAGGUGAAGGACAUGUCUGUGGUGACCUCGGCCUUCUUUAUCCUCUAUCCGCUACGGUUGAUGGAACCACCCAGAGCCAUGGCUUAUACCACAUUCCGUCCAACAUCCAACGCCUUGUUCCGAGCUAGCCCGACGAAAUCAAACAAGUGGAUAGGCUACUGGCUUUCUGGCUCGGGGAAUUUCAUUUUCAGAGUUUCCUGUUCCAAGCCGAGGAAUAACUCGUCGGAUGAGAUCCAUGGAAUGAAAGACCUGCAGAUUCUGAAAUCAUGGAAUGUUCCAUGGGACUGGCUGACUGUUGUGUGUAUCAUGUUGCCAUACGUGCUGAUCAUUUUCUUCACAGGAAUUAUGGAAUCAGCUGGUCUAAGAGGGGAUUUACAACUUUAUUCUCAAAGGAUGAACAUAGUUCCAGAGAAUGCAGAUGAACUGGCAGCCAAGCUGUUCAUAGAUCAAUUACUGAAAACAGCUGUUAAACUUUCAAUUAUUUAUGCAUUUGUCAGGCCGUAUCAGCCAUUUCCUGAUGAUGUGUUUUCUUAUAGAUGGGAAAAGCCAUUUGACCUGCAGCAUGGUUGGGUUGUGUGGGGAAGUUUAGGUCUGUUAGUUGCAACAAGUACCAUUUUCUUGAUUAAGUUCUUCCUAAGCAGCGCAGGUCAGGUGCAAAAUGAGGCUGAUCCUUUAUUGAUGUUGUUGCCAUUUAUUGGUACAUCAAAUUUCAGUACUGCUUGUGUACUUGGUACCGUUGGAGUUCUGGCACCAGUUUGUGAGGAAACAUUAUACAGAGGUUUUCUUAUGGUGUCUUUAACAAAGUGGUUUCCUGUACCUCUGUCUGUGCUUCUCAGUGCAUUUACUUUUGCUCUUGCACAUCAAUCCUCUGGAAAAUUCCUUGAGAUCUUUACUUUUGGUGUGGUCCUCGGACUUGUUUAUGCUCAAACAAGAAAUCUCUUUUCUUCAAUUGCAAUACAUGCAUGCUGGAAUUUUGGUGUCAUCCUCUUGCUGAAACUCCUUCAAUUGCAGGGAUACAAUAUAGAAGAAUACACUCUCACCAUGUGAAGGCUUUGAUUAAUGAAUGUUUUUGGGCUUUCAUCAAGGGGAGAUGAGUCAUCCUCUUUGAUCCAGUCUUUGUCAGGUAAGUUCCAGAAUCGUGGAGUUCCUGAUCAUAUCUCCAUCUGCAGUCUGUUGCGAUGUCUCAUUUUCAGAUUAACCAUCACAGAUAGGUUAUAUUAGAAUCUGUGCUUGAAGAGAUACAAGUAGGCGUUAAUCAUGGCAUUUGGCCUUAUCGACAGAAGAAAGAUGGGUCAAGGCACACGAAUCACACAACAGUGGGGAUCUCAGUUCUGUAUUGUACUUUGAUGGUGAGCAAUGUAAUUCAGCCAAGUUGUUUAACAGUAUUCUCUGUCUUGAAUUUGUUGUUUAUAUCUUUAGUUCACAAAAAAGAUUCAGGAAGGAA